UACCUGCGUGAUGUUUGUUCGUUACCCAGCUACUAGUGGCGCAGGUUUUGACACAAUGCAGAAUUAUUGAUUGACGGAUGUUUAUCAAAGUUAUUGAUCUUUUUAUAAACACAUAAUUCACUAUUUAGGAGGUCAUUUUUGGCAAUGAAGUAGUUGAAUUGAUAACUCCGUGUAUGCAGUAGAAAUAGUUUAAUUUGACGAACUCCCCGGUACGAUUUAACAGAGAAAAUGUAGCAAAUUGCUCCGUCAUCAAUUGGAUUGCCCGUCGUCGUGGUCUGCUCUGGUCAUACCGGUCAUGCUGUUUUGCUGGUGCCUUUCAGUUUCAUGCAGGUUGGUCAAUCAGCAGUAAAACAUGAGUAACUUCAAUAUUACAGCACCUAAUGCCGGCAAUUCUGCCAUUUCACUUGGUGGAGAAUGGAGGAACCAUGACCGGAUGGAGGCCAAUAAAUAUAAAAUGAGUGGAUUGGCUAGCAGGUCUAAGAAGAAACAAAAGAGUAAGAGCAGUGGAAAGGGAGACCAAGCACGACCUCAAUCAGAGCCAAGCUCCCAGCAAAGAAGGAAUUCCUCCCCAACAAGUCAAACCCCAUCUAGCAGUGCCCCGCCUGGUGUAAAGCCCCGAUGUGAUAGGGUGUACGACGUUGAGCAAGAGCCUACAGCCAGGAAACAGCUGGAGAACCAUCUGCCACUCAAGAAGACCAAGGCUGUCUCACGAGAUGAACAGAGUGCCAGGCAGUACCAGUUAGGCCGUGGCAUGGUCCUGACCAAAGGAAGGAGUAAGGUGGCAGUAACCAUCAACACAGGUGAAGACGAGGAGAUUCCUAGGAGCAUACCCAGAGUGGCACACCAAGGGCCAACAGUUGAUCCAGAAAGUGCAAAUUUCCAUUCCUUGUUCCGGCAACAAAAUCAAGAAAAUCCUGGUGCUCAAUCAAAACUUCAAAGGCUUCUCCAUCAGAGUUUAAUGUCUGGUGGUGUAGACCUAUUCAAUCUUUUCCCUGAUGAUGGCAAUGAGGGUAAUGUCCCAGGUUAUAGGGCAAGAACCUCUAGACCAAACACAAGGGCAUCGUCUGCUGCAGUCAGCUUACAAGAGGCUUUGAUAGUACAGUUACAGCAGCAGGUUUCAGACUUAACACUUUUUCUGGAGGAAGAGAGACUCAACCACAGGGCAACUAAAGAUAAGCUGGCAGGGACAUUGAAGGAGAAACUUCAAGACAUUGAGAGGAAACACAUGGAAGAAUUGAGAGUCUUACAACAGGACCAAGAUGAGCAGCUAGACAUGAUGAAACAGCUACACAGCAAGGAAUUGGAACAUCAUAAGUCAGCCAGUAAUGCUGUACUAGCACGGAUGAAAGGUGAGCUAGAGUUUCUUCAGGGUGCCUUUGAGGCUUACAAAGGCACAUUGGUCCAGGACAUGGAGGAGAAAUGGGCCAAGAAGGAAAGUGACAUGAAGAUACGAUUCCAAGAAGAUAUGGAGAAGGCUUUAUAUGAGCAAAGAACUGAACUGUUAGAAGAUGCAACUAGAGAGAAGAAAGCCAUCAAUCGUGAAUUCCAACGACAAAUCCAGAUUCUUAACAAAGACCACAAAAAGGAAAUAGAGGGGAUGAUGAACCGUUUCUCUAGUACAUCAACGGAUGUGGCCAACUUGAAGCGUGCUCUUGAACAACUGAAGAGAGUUCAAACACAGCUCGAUGAGAAGACAGAUCAGUUGGCUGUAGCACAGGAUAGCCUGAAAUCUAGCAAGCACGAGGUGCAACAACUGAGAGCACACCUCGCUACCUAUAAGGAAUCCUUCCAGGACAAAGUGGAUGAAGUUGAUGAUAAGUACAAAGAGCGAAUACAUCUGCUUAUGACAGAGAAUGGAGAACUGAGGAAACGCUACUUGCAGAAGUGUGAUGAGCUGUUUACUGAAAAAUCUGCAACUGAAGUUAAAAGAGUUGAGAAAGCGAUGAAUUCCAAGGAACUAAUGCAGAUGCUGGUACAUGUCAAGAAUCGCUCUAACAUCAAUCUAGCAUGUGCUGAUCCAGCUACCGAUGGAAAGCCUCGUAUUCCCAUCCUACGCCCUGUCAGUGCCCCCAGUACCAAGAGAGAGGCUAUUAGGGCCUUUAGGAAGGCUGGCGAGACAAACCACCUGAAGACCGUCACUGACAAUCAUAGGACUGCUGUCAGGCGACCCCACACUACGGUUGGUGGCCAGAGACGCAGCUUGACACCAGACUCAAGCAUCAAUGGGGCUCAGGGAUCGCUGUUUGUUCCUAUAGUCAGGGAGUCUUUAGCAAAUAGUUUGCUUUAACUGGAAUGUCUGAAAUAACUCAAAAUAAUGCAUUUCCACUUGGGGGUUUAGGUACUAGACUAGUACCAUUUCCCACAAUCCACGACAGUAUUCAUCUGUAGUCUCAUAAAGCCAGCACACCCCUGGAUGCACCGAACACUAGGACACCGGCUGAUAUUCAGGCAGCUAUCAUUUAUUGGCAUUAUUGGGGACAAUGGCUGCAGUUGAGUGCCUUGCCCAGGACAUAACAUUUCACUUGGGCUUGUUUAGCCCGCAGAUGGACUAAUAUAUCGAGCCUAUUCAUCGACACCUCCAAUGAGAGACGACUGUUGCCCAUACAUGUAGCUUAUUUUUGUCUUGCCUGGACUUUGUUCAGAAAAGACUAUGCAAUCACUAUGUCUAUACGUACUUACGUAUGUAUGUACAGUAAACUCCGGUCAAGUCGACAUCGUACAACUCGCCAAAUCGCUCGAGUCGGCCGUCUGACUAAAGUCCCGAUUGUCUGUAAUGCAUUUCUAUUUAAAUUUUUAUUUCUAAGUCGGAUUUUAGAAGUCACCAUUUCGCUCAAGUUGUUGUGUUACUCUCGGUCCCCUUUCCAUAAAUAACACAACAAACUCCUUUGUGUAUGUUGGCAUUCAAAAAAUCACGCAUUGGCAUCGACUUCCUGCACUGCAGUUAGCAAGAAGUGUCAAGUGAAAAGUCACACACUGCUUUAACUGACGUCUGUUUUUAUUGGCACAGCCCGUGAUCGCUGCAUCAGUGUCUGUCGGUUACAGCCAAGCCAAGGGGUUUCGCCAAUACUACAUCGUGAGCAUAUCAAUACCAGUACCCCCUCUAGUCCUGUACGCAUGUGCUCUGUCCAUUUUGUCCAUCUUAUUGAAUGAUGCGGUUAAUACCACGCACGCAUUUAUUUCGUAACUGUACACGUACAUGUAUUACUAUUAUGCAGUGGCGUAGCCAGGAAUU